UUGGUAACCCUAUCUAUUAAACCAACGUUUAACCUAGAAACUUUCUCGCGCGUCCGUUGCAAACUUCUCGUCGAUACUGCUCGGCUGCUGUCGGACAAACACACGGAACAGAUGGGUCGGUAGCUCGUGUAAGUACGACGCACGAGCAUUUGACAGAUAACGAACGUGGAACGAUGCAAUUUUUCAUUAGUUUCGCUCGUUCGAGCAAUUAAUUGUACGAGGAGAAGUGCGCUCAGUCGAAUGAAUUAUAUACGUUUAAUCGGACGCGAAAGAAUUGGUCCUUUUAAUCGUUUAAACGUGAAAAAUUAAGUCGCUAAGUCGAGCGCGUUCAAAGUUCGUACUAAGUCCUGUGAUGACAAAUUAGCCUGAUACGGAGCGCAAAAUCGCGAUCGAGCCAGCAACAGCAGCAGCAGCACCUGUGGAGCCUCGACCUCAUCCAAAUAGGGAAAUAAUUUCGUUAAAAAGGAAUAUUAUUGGACUAAUUCGAGGGACGCCUCGACGAUACCAACGACGAGAUUGAGGAAAUUGAGGAAAUCGAAAUGGAGGGUGAAAUCGUAGGGAGUCCGAAUCAAAUUCUGAACCAAACCGUGGACCCGACUCUGGACCGUUCUGAAGAUGAGAUUGCUUUGCAAGGAUUUUGUAGCCCGAAAAGACUACCCUACAGAUUUCUCGGAUUGGCAUUAAUGUGCCUGCUUGGUUUCGGAUCCUAUUUUUGUUUCGACAAUCCCGGUGCGCUGCAGGAUAAUUUUAAGACAGACUUGCAAAUGUCAACCAGCAAAUUUGUUUUGCUAUAUUCCAUUUAUUCCUGGCCCAAUGUAAUCCUUUGCUUCAUCGGAGGAUUCUUGUUGGAUAGCGUCUUUGGCGUUCGUUUGGGUACCAUCAUAUAUAUGGGACUUACCCUGAUUGGACAGGUCAUCUUUGCCACCGGAGCUAUGGUCAAUGCGUUCUGGUUAAUGAUGAUUGGAAGAUUCGUUUUCGGAAUAGGGGCGGAAUCAUUGGCAGUCGCCCAGAACAGUUAUGCCGUACUUUGGUUUAAGGGAAAGGAACUGAAUAUGGUAUUUGGACUACAAUUGAGUUUUGCUCGUGUUGGAUCUACCGUGAAUUUUUUGGUAAUGGAACCAAUUUACAAUUACGUGUCUCAGUAUUAUACGGGCCCAGAAUGUAUCGGCGUAGUUCUAUUUCUUGCCGCUAUUACUUGCGUGGGCUCUAUGAUAUGCGCUUGCAUUUUGGGUCUUAUGGAUAAACGUGCUGAAAGAUUGCUAAGGCGAGGAGAAGGACAAGAACCAGAAGUAGUUAGUCUAAAAGACGUUAAAGACUUUAAGCCUAUAUUUUGGUUGAUCGCGCUCAUCUGCAUUGCUUACUACGUAGCGAUAUUUCCUUUCAUCGCCCUCGGAAAAGUAUUUUUCGAAAGGAAGUACGAGUACGAUCCUUCGAGCGCCAAUACCGUUAAUUCCUUGAUUUAUUCGAUAUCGGCGAUCGCAUCUCCCGUUUUGGGCUAUCUCGUGGACAGAAUAGGGAAAAACGUUUUUUGGGUCUUUCUAAGCAUAUGCGCGACGAUGGUGGCCCAUGUCCUUUUAGCCUUCACAUAUGUCAAUCCAUACGCUUGUAUGAUACUCAUGGGAUUCGCCUAUUCGAUGCUUGCUAGCAGCUUAUGGCCUUUGAUCGCCCUCGUUACGCCGGAAUAUCAAUUAGGAACUGCUUAUGGCAUCGCUCAGUCCGUACAAAAUUUUGGUCUUGCUGUCGUUUCCAUAUUGGCUGGAAUAAUCGUCGACAGUGGUGGUUACAUGAUUCUCGAGAUAUUCUUCCUUGCAUGGCUUUGGGUAUCUUUGAUAACCGCGGCUGCAAUUUGGGUGACCGACAUGGCUACGAGUGGUGGCUACUUGAACAUGACACCUGGACAACGAGAGAAAUACGAAGAAAUUCGGCACACCCCGGAAAGCUUGGAGAGGAAGAAAUUGUUGUCGCCCGAGUCUACUUCGGAUCUAUCGGUCGAUGAUCUUUUGCAACCGCAAUCCGACAUCAGUAUCAGAAAUCGCUACUUAUCUCGCGUUGGUGCAAUGGUACCACCGCAUGCAAAAGCACCCAUUCAUCGGCCGCUACGAUGAUACUCUGCAUUUAGCUGAAUAUUAUAUGUAUUCCUUUGAAAUCUCGCUAAAACAUUCGUUGUCUUCCUUCUAAAUAGUGCUAAUCUGUGAUAAUUUCUUCAAUGGAAUAUUUUUACGUUCGACGUCGAAUGUUAUUUGAUUUGCGGCUAAGUCGACCGAUCAAGAUUUUAUAUUGCCAAAUACGGAAAGUCGAUUAAUGCCGUGAACCGUGGGAUAUACAGUAACGUAUUAAGUUUUCACGAUGACCAACUAUGGACUUUUACGAUCGCUCGUUUGCGGGACACCUACUACGUGGAUUGAUCUCUACCUCUGGUUUUGUUCGCAAAGCGUUGUUACAAAUAGAUAUGAGAUU